AUGUCUCUCAACAUGAAAACGUUUACACAAGCGCUGGCGAAAACGGCAGCGGUCAUUGAAAAAACCGUACAAACGACCGUACAAGAAGUUACAGGACCAAAACCCUUACAAGACUAUGAUCUACUUGACCAGAUCGGCUCAGCAGGACCCGGUCUCGCGUGGAAGCUCUAUUCUGCGAAGGCAGCGCGUGAGUCAACGCGCACGCACCAGUACCCGACGGUGUGCGUGUGGGUGCUGGAUAAGAAGGCGUUGUCGGAAGCACGAGCGCGUGUGGGUUUAACGAAGGCGGCAGAGGACGCGUUUUUGGAUGUGAUACGAGCGGAUGCUGCGAGGUUGGUUAGAAUUAGGCAUCCGGGAGUGGUGCAUGUUGUUCAGGCUUUGGAUGAGAAUAAGAAUGCCAUGGCGAUGGUGACGGAACCGCUUUUUGCGUCGGUGGCGAAUGCGAUUGGGAAUUUGGAGAAUGUGGGGAAAGUGCCUAAGGAGCUCAAGGGAAUGGAAAUGGGCUUGUUAGAGGUGAAGCAUGGCUUGCUACAAAUUGCAGAAUCCUUGGACUUCCUUCAUAACAACGCACAUCUCAUUCACAGGGCUAUAGCUCCUGAGAAUGUUCUAAUUACUUCAAGUGGAGCAUGGAAGCUUGGUGGAUUUGGUUUUGCAAUAUCAACAGAUCAGGCUUCAGGCGAUUUGGCUAGUUCCCAGGCCUUUCAUUAUGCUGAAUAUGAUGUCGAGGACUCUAUGCUGCCCCUUCAGCCAUCGCUGAAUUACACUGCACCUGAACUUGUUAGGAGCAAAGCACCUUCAGCUGGAUGCUCUUCUGAUAUUUUCAGUUUUGGAUGCCUUGCCUACCAGUUGAUUGCUCACAAGCCUUUGAUUGACUGCCACAACAAUGUCAAGAUGUACAUGAAUGCCUUGAAUUACUUAUCCAGUGAAGCUUUCUCCUCUAUUCCACAAGAAUUAGUUCCUGACCUACAGAGGAUGCUCUCUGCAAAUGAGUCUACCAGGCUAACAGCUAUGGAUUUUACAGGUUCUCCAUUUUUCAGGAAUGACACUAGGCUGCGUGCUCUUCGCUUCCUAGACCACAUGCUAGAAAGAGAUAACAUGCAGAAGUCUGAGUUCAUAAAAGCAUUAUCAGAUAUGUGGAAAGACUUUGACUCUCGUGUGCUGCGAUAUAAGGUGCUUCCACCUCUAUGUGCUGAACUAAGGAAUUUGGUCAUGCAACCAAUGAUUCUCCCCAUGGUUCUCACCAUAGCAGAGUCUCAGGAUAAAUUUGACUUUGAACUAUCAACACUUCCAGCUCUUAUUCCUGUCCUCAGUACUGCUGCUGGCGAGACACUGCUGCUGCUUGUGAAGCAUGCUGAACUCAUUAUCAACAAGACAAGUCAGGAUAACUUAAUAUCCCAUGUUCUGCCCUUGCUUGUUCGAGCUUAUGAUGAUACUGAUCCACGCAUUCAAGAGGAAGUUUUGAGAAAGUCAGUCUCUCUUGCCAAGCAGUUAGAUGUUCAGAGAAGUUCCUCGGUGCAAAAUAGGGGUAAAGGGGAGAGGCUGGAAGGUGGUCUCAUAAGAGAGGCAAUGCUAGUGAAACAAGCAAUUUUGCCUCGUGUUCAUGGAUUAGCUCUAAAAACAACUGUUGCUGCGGUAAGAGUCAAUGCUCUGCUAUGUUUUGGAGAUCUUGUUAGCACACUCGAUAAACAUGCUAUUCUAGAGAUCUUGCAAACAAUUCAGCGUUGUACAGCGGUUGAUCGUUCUCCUCCUACCCUUAUGUGUACUCUUGGUGUUGCAAACUCAAUUCUCAAGCAGCAUGGAGUAGAAUUUGUUGCAGAGCAUGUUCUUCCACUGCUUACACCUCUUCUGACUGCACAGCAGUUGAAUGUUCAGCAGUUUGCUAAGUAUAUGCUCUUUGUAAAGGAUAUCCUCAGGAUAAUAGAAGAGAAAAGAGGAGUUACAGUAACUGAUUCUGGAGUUCCAGAGGUGAAGUCAUCAUCUUUUCCCAAUGGGGUUCAGCCUCAAGCCUUGAGCAAAACAAGUGGUACUGUUGCACCGGCAGCAAAGAGCAGCACUUCAUGGGAUGAGGAUUGGGGUCCUGUCCCAAAAGGAUCUGCCACUGCUCGCCGGCCUUCAGCAAGCAAUGCAUUGCCUACUCCAUCGAUUUCAGCCAAUCAGCCAAUUCAAUUGACAUUUUUGCAAUCAGAAUCUCCCAUGACAUCUGCAGGAUCCAGUAAGCAAACAACCAUCUCAUGCCCUGCAGUUGAUGUAGAAUGGCCUCCACGGGCAACUUCAAAUGUAAUGCCUCAGCUAGAUAAUGGAAACAAGCAACUGGGCACAGGAGCAUCAUCCACUUCAAAUUUUGAUGAUAUAGAUCCUUUUGCUGAUUGGCCGCCAAGACCAAAUGGCACUUCUAGUAGUUCUGGAGCUUCCAACAAUGGCACAACAGGACCAUGGCCCAAUAGUUACAGUUCAAAUUUGAUCACGAGCACACCCAACAGUAUGAAUUUCCAGAACAACGAAAGUAACCCCUGGGCCUUCAACAACCAAAGCUCAUUUGAGCCAUUGAAACCAAAUCAAGGCACUCCAGCUUUGAAUUCUGGUAGUUUGAAUAGUGGUCCUAAUCCCCAGAGCUCUAUUGGCUUCAUGAAACAGAACCAGAGUACAUCAACUUUGGGUUCUUAUAACAAUAUGAAGUCAACAGAUCUUGGAUCCAUAUUUGGUUCCAGCAAGAAUGAGCAGACUGCACCAAAACUUGCUCCACCCCCAUCAACUGCUGUGGGUAGAGGAAGAGGGAGGGUCACCACAUCAACCUCUAGGUCUAGCCAUGUAAAGCAACAAUCUGGACAACCACCUCUUUUAGAUUUGCUAUAA